AAGUUUAGCUAUUCUUCUGAGAUCUCUCAUUAACCAAACAUCUUUAAUUAAUUUUUAAAAAAAUUCAGUCAAGUAAUGGGUGAGCAAAAAGGAGGAGCUAAGCCUGAAGCUGAGAAGAAGCCCGCCGCCGAUGCUGGCGCUAAGAAAGACGACGGCAAGAUUAUAGCCGUUUACAAGAUUGAUAUGCAUUGUGAAGGUUGUGCUAAGAAGAUUAAACGCUCUAUUAAACAUUACGAAGGCGUGGAAGAUGUGAAAACUGAUUGUGGAGCCAACAAGUUAACGGUGAUUGGCAACGUGGACCAGGCCAAAAUCGGGGUUACGUUGGCUGAGAAAACCAAGAAGAAAGUGGACUUAAUUUCCCCUCAGCCUAAGAAAGAUGCCGCCGCUGGCGGUGGUGAUAAGAAACCCGACGCUGAGAAGAAACCUGAGGAGAAAAAAGAAGAGAAGAAAAAAGAAGAGAUAAAAACUCCGAAAGAGAGUACGGUGGUUUUGAAGAUCAGAACACAUUGCGAUGGCUGCAUUCACAAAAUGCGAAAAAUUAUCUUGAAAGUACAUGGAGUUGAAUCAGUUAACGUCGAUGGAGCUAAAGAUUUAGUAACAGUAAAAGGCACAAUGGACGUGAAAGACCUCGUCCCUUAUCUUAAGACUAAGUUGAAACGCAAUGUCGACGUGGUUCCGCCUAAGAAAGAGGACGGCGGUGAGAAAAAAGACGGUGGAGAGAAGAAGGAUGCCGGCGGCGAUACUAAAGAGAAAGGAAAAGAAGUCGCUGCUGCUUCCGGAGGCGAGAAGAAGGAAGGCAGGGGCGGAGAGAAAAAAGAGGGCGGUGAAACGAAGAUGGAAGUGAAUAAAAUGGAGUACCAUGGGUACGGGUAUCCUCCACAGCCAAUGUAUUGGUCGGAGGGACACGUGUACGACGGUUCCAGUUCGAGUUAUGCGGCGGAAGGGUAUCAGAGUCACUCCCAUCACGAGCACGGGUACAUGUCUCAUCCCGGGUAUGUUAAUCAGGGGUAUAUGAUGGACCCGCGGCAUCCCCUUCACGCUCCUCAGAUGUUCAGCGAUGAGAAUCCCAACGCCUGCUCCGUCAUGUAAGACGGUGGAUGAUGGCCAACAAAUGUAAAUAGAAAAUCUUUCGAGGGGUAAAUAGGGAAGCUCAUGAAUCGGAAAUACUAUAAUUUUGGAACCAUCAAACCGGCCGAAGCCGGCUUGGCAUAGAGCGGGUUGAUGUUGAGUGGGUCGUCAUCGGUUCUUUCGUUUGUUGUAUUUUUCUAAAUGGAAUUAUGAAAUAGAAAUUGAAUUUCAUUUUAUACA